UGGUCGUGGGCGACAGUCAGCUGAUUUCAGUUUGGAGGAGGCGGAGGAAAAUGGUGGAGCUGUUUACAGAUGUUGAGGAAAGAAGACAUGGAUGUUACUUUGGUUUUUACCGCAUGAAAGGAGCAGAGCUGCGUUCAGCUGUUGUGUUCGUAGCUUUAUCAAAGAGGAAAGUCUUCAGCCUAAUCAUCAAACUUAGAAAGAGCGUCUGCCUCCUGGAUCCAGCUGCGACAAAGCUUUUGGGCUCCUAUAACCAGCUGAUGGGCGUCUGGGCACAUGUGCCUCCUCUCCCCGUCAGCACAGAGUGACACUGACAGUCUGGACUGUUCACUGGUGUUUUGGAUCUGGAUCCUUCACCUGAUCAUGCAGAAACAAACCAACAGCAGAGGAUUUGAUGAACUUUUUAUAGAAAGUCAGCAUUUAAGGCUGGAAGACUUCAAACAGGAAGCACGGAUAUAUGGUUUUGGAAACCAGUACCUUCAUAAAAACAUGCGUCCAUACCCUCAGCCGGAGCUUCACGUGUUUCAUCUGAAACACGAAACAAACAUGUUAGGAGAAAUCAGAAAGGACGGAGGCUUUAAGGAUCCGAACAGCAGCUCAAAGGAUCCAGACAGACUGUCCCUGGUGUGGUGGAGUCUGGCUGUGGCACCACAGGAGAUCCAGUCAGCUGAGAGGAGGCUCCUGGAGGAGGCCUUCCCAAACUGGACCGAGGAGCAGGCCCGGAGGCAGCAGAGCUUCCUGUGGAAGUUCGCCUCCUCUCCAGCCUUCAGUGAGAAGUCCAGGUAUGGAUCGUACCGCUUCACCUUCCCAGUGGAGGAGGUGCUGGAGGCCUACAGCAAGCAGUUUUGCUUUGGUGCUGCGCCCGUCAUGCGGGUCUUCAAGACUUCCCUGUACAAACAGGCCGUGCAGUACGCUGUGCUGGUCCACAGCCCGCACGAUGGCGAGCGCUUCACCAAGUAUCCCGUCCUGCCCGACGAUCCGAGCAACGUCUGUGCUUACAGGGACGGACACUUUACCUGGAGGCCCGAGGCCAUGUGUGAGACACACAAAUACGAGCUGAUUGAAAGACGUGAGGAAAACCUGAUGGAUGCUGAGGAGGUGAAUGAGCGACCUCAGUUUUAUGUUUGGGACCACGUCGCCAUCGCCCUGCAUGUGGAGGGUGGGCAGGUGCUGAAGUUUGAUUCUGAUGAUCUGAGGAAGAACCUCACGUUCUGUGAGCCUGAUGCUGUGACAGUCACACCUGAAUCUGACUUUCAACAUUACGAGGAUGCUCAAAACCUGGUCGCUCGUUUGUGGCCACUGAAGAAGGAAGUUUCACUCCAGCAGAGAAUCAGAGGCUCUACAGAGUGAGGCUGUCUGUGGAGUUUCUCCACCUUUAUUCUCCUUUUCCUGAGCGACUGCAGCAUCACCGGCUGCACAGUGAACCAUGGUGGAGGUUACACAGAAGGAAGCAGCCGAGAGGAACGAACACAGAAAAACUGUUUGACGUGACUUUUUUAUUCGAUUAGUUUAUUAAAGGUUUAUUACAUGAAUUUCCAAAGUGCGCAGCAAAAGACCAAAGACAGAUAAAACACACAUGAUGAGUAUAAACAUGUGAUUAUGUGUUUCACUGCACUCUGUCCUGUCUGUGUGUGAUGUGUUCAUGUGACUGAAUCAAAGACAAAUCACUUUGUACACACAAAAAGUGGACAAUAAAGUUGUUUUGAAUAUUU